AUGGCCACCCUGUUCUCUCUCUUGAGCUGGCUCACCUCAUCUCUGAGCUGCUGGGUGCUGGUUUCCGUGAGUCUGGCCAGUGUAAGUUCUCUGAACUCCACAAACUCCAGCUCCAGCAGGGCCAGGCACUCCCGCAUGUGCUGGGUGUCGCUGGGGGUCGUGGGGGUGGGCAGGUUGGUGUCGGGUGAUGUGCUGUCUGAGGUCAUGUAUUUCUCCUCUGUCUUCCCCUACCUCGUGCUCCUGUGUUUUCUCAUCAGAGGGGUGAUGCUGGAAGGAGCCGCUGAUGGGAUCAAAUACAUGUUCUACCCCCGACUGCAGAUCUGGCUCGACAUGCAGGUGUGGCGGCAGGCUCUCACGCAGGUCUUCUUCGCUCUGGGACUCGGGUUCGGGAGCGUCAUCGCGUACUCCAGCUACAACCCGCGCGGGAACAACUGCCACCGCGACGCCGUUCUCGUCUCCGGCGUGAACUUCCUGACCUCGCUGCUGGCCUCGCUGGUCGUGUUCGCCGUGCUGGGGUUCCGAGCCCACGCCCUCUCCCAGCGCUGCGUCCAGCAGAACCUGCUACAGUUAUCCCAGUUGCUGUUGAAUGGCUCAGUGCCUCUAGAGCUGGCUCCCCAGUUCAAUGUGACUGGAGGUGAGGUGUCGGUGAGCCAGUACAGGCACUGGUUUGAGCAGCAGGGGGCGCUGCUGCAGGCGGGGUCACUGGAGCCCUGCGACCUGCAGGAGGAGAUGAGCAAGGGUGUGGAGGGCACCGGUCUCGCCUUCAUCACGUUCACAGAGGCCAUGGCUUUGUUCCCGGCGUCUCCGUUGUGGUCCUUCCUGUUUUUCCUGAUGCUCCUGAAUCUGGGAUUGAGCACGAUGUUCGGGACGAUGCAGGGAAUCCUAACCCCGUUGAUGGACAGCUUCUCCGUCCUGAGGAGGAGACGCAGCCUCUUCACAGUGGGUUCCUGUGUCCUGGGCUUCCUGUUUGGGGUGCUGUGUGCUCUGCGCUCCGGGCGUCUCUUCCUCUCUGUGUUUGAUGAUUCCUCAGUGUGUGUGUUUGUUGUUUCAGUGGGUUCCUGUGUCCUGGUCUUCCUGUUUGGGGUGCUGUGUGCUCUGCGCUCCGGGCGUCUCUUCCUCUCUGUGUUUGAUGAUUCCUCAGUGUGUGUGUUUGUUGUUUCAGUGGGUUCCUGUGUCCUGGUCUUCCUGUUUGGGGUGCUGUGUGCUCUGUGCUCCGGGCGUCUCUUCCUCUCUGUGUUUGAUGAUUCCUCAGUGUGUGUGUUUGUUGUUUCAGUGGGUUCCUGUGUCCUGGUCUUCCUGUUUGGGGUGCUGUGUGCUCUGCGCUCCGGGCGUCUCUUCCUCUCUGUGUUUGAUGAUUCCUCAGUGUGUGUGUUUGUUGUUUCAGUGGGUUCCUGUGUCCUGGUCUUCCUGUUUGGGGUGCUGUGUGCUCUGUGCUCCGGGCGUCUCUUCCUCUCUGUGUUUGAUGAUUCCUCAGUGUGUGUGUUUGUUGUUUCAGUGGGUUCCUGUGUCCUGGGCUUCCUGUUUGGGAUGCUGUUUGUUCUGCGCUCAGGUAGUUAUUUCGUCUCCAUGUUUGAUGAUUACUCGGCGACGCUCCCUCUGGUUAUCGUGGUUCUGUUUGAGACGGUCGGGGUGUGCUGGGUCUACGGCACAGAGCGGUUUAUGGAUGAUAUUGAGGACAUGCUUGGUUGGAGACCCCCUGUUCUCUAUAAGUUUCUCUGGCAGUUUGUUUGUGUCGCAUCGCUGGUGGUGCUGCUCCUGGCCAGCCUGAUCCAGAUGUGUGUGCAUCCACCCACCUACCGGGCCUGGGAGGAAGAGCAGGCUGUGGAGGUGUCCCGGGAUUAUCCCGGCUGGGGUUUGGGAAUGCUGGCUGGUCUCAUCCUGCUGGCCUCUCUCCCGAUCCCGGUCCUGUUUCUCCGGGAGCUGCUCCGCGAGAGAGGGGACCCCGAGCAGCCAGCCUCCCUGAGGAUCCCGCCCCCCGAACCACACAAGAGCGUCCCGGAGCCCCACGCAGCCCUGCCAUUGGAGCAGAGCCGGCCGGGGGGCGGGGCCCGGCACAACGGCUUCCUCUCAUUGGAGGAGGAGGAGGAGGAGUACAGGCUCCUCCCACAGGAAGAGGAGAGGCUUGAGGCGUACAGGCUCCUCCCACGGGAAGAGGAGGGGCUUGCAGAGUACAGGCUCCUCCCACAGGAAGAGGAGGGGCUUGAGGAGGAAGGGAGCUUCCAGAGGACGGCCACUACAGGAUUAUAG